AUGGAGCCACCUGGCCCGGCCAAGCGACUGUGUCCCUGGCGUCCGUGUCUGGUCGUGUUGCUCCUGCAGCUCCUUCUGUCGGUGUGUUUUUUCUCCUACGUGCGCGUGUCUCGAGGCGAUCUCACUGGUUUCCUGCCACUGGGGCCCAGUGCCGUGGAAUCUGCCCAGGCAGCUCCCAGCCGGUCCCCGGAACUCCCUCCCCAGACCACCCCGGCGACCCUCACCCGCCGCCCCCUGCAGAUCCUGCUGUGGACAUGGCCCUUCCACAUCCCCCUGACUCUGUCCCCCUGCUCCGAGUUGGUGCCCGGCCUGGCCGACUGCGACAUCACGGCCAACCGCAAGGUGUACCGACAGGCGGACGCGGUCAUUGUCCAUCACUGGGACGUCAUGUUCAACCCCAGGUCCCAGCUCCCGCCCUCCCCCAGGCCACCCGGGCAGCGCUGGGUCUGGUACAACAUGGAGCCGCCCUUGAACUCCCGGCAACUGCGAGCCAUGGACGGGCUCUUCAAUCUCACCAUGUCCUACCGCAGCGACUCGGACGUCUUCAUGCCCUACGGCUGGCUCGAACCCUGGUCGGGCCGCCCCGCCCACGCCCCGCUCAACCUCUCGGCCAAGACGGAGCUGGUGGCUUGGGCGGUGUCAAAUUGGAGGCCGAGCUCCGCCCGGGUGCGCUACUACGAGAAGCUGAAGGCCCAUCUCAAGGUGGACGUUUACGGUAAAGGCCACACGCCGCUGCCCAAGGGCGUCAUGAUGGAGCGGCUGUCCCGGUACAAGUUCUACCUGGCCUUCGAGAACUCCCUGCACCCCGACUAUAUCACCGAGAAGCUGUGGCGGAACGCCAUGGAGGCCUGGGCCGUGCCCGUGGUGCUGGGCCCCAGUAGGGGCAACUACGAGCGCUUCGUGCCGCCCGACGCCUUCAUCCACGUGGACGACUUC